AUGUAUUACUUCAAAGAUAAAGACUACUCAAUAGUAACAAAGUACAACGAAUCAACAAAUAAGCCAUCGGUGGAAUUUGAUAUGUUGUAUCUUAAUCGUUACUACACUGUUAACAAAAGUGCGACGUUUGUUUGCCAUGUUAAAAGUACAUCAAAAUUUAAUAUAUCGUGGAGCUACAAAAUUUACCCGAAAUUGCUAUUCCAUGGAAUUGAUGCAACAUCCCAGUUACAGUUUAUAACAGACAAAGAAACAAAUAAUCAAACGAACAAUGCUAAAAAUGAGUCAACAGUUACAGUAAUCCUUAAAGUAAGGUCAAAAAUCAAGUGCACGGCUUGCAAUGAUUAUGGAUGUAAUAAUAGGGAACAUGAUAUUCACAUCACAGGUCAAAAUAUUUCUUUAGUGUGCACUGCUGUCAUUCGUGAAUAUUCUGAGGUACUUUGGAGUGGUGAUAAAAACAAAAAACUCGUAGACUCCGAAAGAAUACACGUCACGUUUGAAGAAACUAACUAUACUCACCGUGCCAUUAUGUCGAUCAAUAAUGUGAGUCUUACGGAUGAAAGAGAUUAUUAUUGUAUAGCUAAAAAUUCAUUACAUGAGGAAACUUCAGAAAAAUAUUCUCUCAAGACAAAUGUUCCGGCUCACUUUAUUCGUACAAAUAUAAAUGAUGUUGCAAUAAUACGAUUUGCAAAAGAUCCUGAAAAUCCCGUCUAUUUAUCAUGUUACGUUGGAGGAACGCCAGUACCUAAUAUUACAUGGUUUAAGGACGGGAAUCAAAAACUUGACUUUUGGACUGGAAUAAUAGUAUGGUUCAUUACAAUUCUGAUGACUCUUUUAAUUUACUUUUAUUUAAAAGCACGAUAUGGGAAGUUUAAAGAAAUGCAGCUAUUGGAAGCUGGUGUUACGCAUUUUGAAGAAGGAGCACUUGAUCUACUGAACCCAGAACUAACAGUAGAUGAUCAAGCAGAACUUCUUCCUUACGACAGGAGAUGGGAGUUUUCUAGAGAGAAAUUAAGAUUAGGUAAAAAAUUAUAUUGUCAGAACAAAGAAAUUAUAAACAAUUGGGUAGUGGAGCUUUUGGAGUUGUGUAUAAAGCAGAAGCUUGUUGAAUUCUUACUGGAGAAUCAUGCACUAGCAAAGGAGCUCAAAAUUAUGAUUUAUCUAGGACAUCAUUUAAAUAUCAUAAAUCUUGUAGGUGCUUGCACUAAAAAUAUAGCCAAACGUGAACUUUUGGUAAUCGUCGAGCUCUGCAGAUUUGGAAAUCUGGAAAGCUAUCUUGAGUGCCAUCGAGAAAGUUUUAUCAAUCAAAUUGAUCUGAAUACGGAUAAAAUUAAUCCACGGAUAGGAAAAAAUAUGAGAAGGUCAAAACACAAGGCAUUUGUCAUUUCCGAUUAUAUCAAUACGGCUUCCGGCAAUAACAAGACAAACAAUGAGUCCAUUAUCUACGACUCUGAGGCUCACAGCUUUGACGGUGAAUCUAGUGAUGAUCUCAACAAUGAUGGCAUCCAGCCAGGUUGGCGCUCUAAUUAUAGGGGGGACUACAUAGAAAGUGAUUUUGAGAAUCUCUGCUCACAGGAUCUUCUUUUAUGGGCUUAUCAGGUGGCAAAUGGCAUGGAGUAUCUUUCCCAACGGAGAGUGUUACACUGUGACUUGGCAGCAAGAAAUAUAUUACUGGCAGAGAACAACAUUGUAAAAAUUUGCGACUUCGGACCGGCAAAGACAUUGUAUAAAGACCAAAACUAUAAAAAGCAACACGAAGGAAAGUUUCCUGUUAAGUGGAUGGCUAUUGAAUCUAUGAGGGACGGGGUCUUUUCAACUAUGUCAGACGUGUGGUUCUUUGGUGUAGUUUUAUGGGAAUUUUUCACCCUAGCCGGAAUACCUUACUUAGGUAUGGGGUUCGAGAGAAUGUAUCAAAAACUCAUCGAAGGCUACCGCAUGAGAUGUCCUAGUUAUGCCACCAAAGACAUCUACGAUAUUAUGCUUUGUUGUUGGGAGGAAAACCCGAUUUUUAGACCAUCUUUUACGAAACUGGUCGAAUGCAUUGGUGAACUUUUAGAGGAUGACAUCAAAUUGUACUUCCUAAGAUUAUACAACAAGUAUGAAUUUUUGAAUGUUUCAAGUCACUCAGAGGAAAGAAAGGACAACGCAGCUGAUAUUUUACCACUAGAUUAUAAAAUAUCGCUCUCAAGUCAGCAUAACUAUGGUAAUACUUUUUCUCAAACCGCAAGCCCGUCGUACGUCAACGUCCUUAUUGAUACCUAA